AUGGUCCUGGCCAAAUACGACAUGGAGAAAUCUCAACAGAGACUUCGGGAAGAGGGCUUCCACCCCUCAGUGACGUCUAAAACACCAGAGGAGGUUGAAAAAGCAUGGCUUGCUAGAGUUGAGCCCCUCUUGAAAAGGCCGACCCGCAAGGAAUUCAUCCGGAAAAUGGGAGACUUCUACAAGAGCCCUUUUGCCGCUCCUCGAUGCUUGACUACGGCGAUGCUGUUAUUGCGCUACGAGUCUAAAUAUGUUGGUGCAGAAAAGAAACCCGCCCAUACGGGUGAUAACAUGCUAGCUACUAUGUUGAACACCGCCGAUGUUGGUGGGGAAAUCGCAAACAUUAUAUUUCAGCAGGGAUGGAAGUCGGUGCUCAAUACCGCCAUCACUUCGUCGACCACGUGGCAGGCCGUUGCAAAUAGUGCCAAAAUCUGGGACUUCAAUGCAGCCUGUUUGAGAACCGAUGGCAGCUCCGGGGUAAUGCUUGUUGUCGCCCCAGAGUGUACAAUCGGAGAAUUAAACAUUACCGAUGCCUCUGGUCCCUUUGGCUUUGACUCAUCCAACAGUCUCUCCAGCUGGCGUGGAGAGGCUCUGGCGGCCGAGGAUGAGAUUUACAGCAUAAUGCAUUUGAUACACCGCCGCAUUACAGACCGCAACAAGGCAAUCGGGCAGAAUCAAGAAGGGCAGAAGAUUGUACCGGUGGAUUUUAUGGCCGAUGAAAUCGUGUCCGCCGUUGGACAUAUCCGAGAACCUAGAGGUACAUGGGGCAGCAGCCAGUUCGUCUCGAACCUCCAAAGCCAGUUAUUCCAACCACCAGCGAUGUUUUCUGCAGACCGGUUGAAAAAAAUGCUGAACUCCAUGUCCAAACAAAAAGCUGCACUGCAAGUCUUGUACUUCGAAAAGAUCCCUCUCUUGGACCGACGCAUGAUUGCUGUCAUUCUGCGAGAAUGCUCAAAUGUACGCAUGGUCGGUAUCUACGACUGCCCACUCAUUCACUUCGGUGAUGUUUUGUGCCUCGUAGACCUAAUCUACGAGAUAAAUCGUAAACGGCGAGAAGCUGGACUACCUGAGAUUACGGCCCUCGAUUUUUAUCCUCGAUACAACCAUGGCACACCCUUCCAGUCUCCCAAUUCGGCCACUUAUGGCUUGACCUGGGGUCCGCAUAGACUGGACAUCGUACAGCGAGGCUUCUUCAACAUUACCCUCAAGGCUUUCAUGAAAGCAAAGAGGAUGAAUCUUGGCCUUCUUUUUGAUAAGGACAAGGCGUUUUGUGAGUAUCUUCGCCGAAUUCCGGGCCCUCCCCUCGCUGUUCCCACAUUCCUGGACGCUCUUCACCGGUAUAUGGAGGCCAAGGACGAAGGAUCAAAGACAACGGUGAUUUACGAUCUUCUGAAGCCUGUGCGACUUGGCUUGUGCCGUCGCAUGGAAUCUGACUGGCGGAACGGUUACAUGCGCAAAAUGACAGAGCACCUAGUGUUCUGCUCCUCGUGCGGCUAUGAAACGUUGCAGGAGUUCUAUUCGGGUUUUGCUAGACAAUCGCUGCCUCACCAGAGAGUCUGCGCCGGCUGCACCUUGAAGAGAUGGCUUGACGAGGAGGACGACCACCUCAAGGACUACAAGAAACAGGCUCUGGAUACGCUGUAUCCCAAUUGGAAUGGGAAGGACUUCAACCACGACGCGCCAAUGCCACGAAUUGCAAAGAGCAUUAUAAAGCUACAAUCAACUAUAUCGGUACGACCCUACGACAAUUUUACGACGGUUGACAGCGAAGGCUUCAUAUACACACGCCAGGUGAUGUUGGACCUGUUACGAGACAACAAAAUACACUGGGACUCGCUGGUAAACUUACCGACCCUAGCGGAUCUCCUGAAUGAUAGCCAGGCUUGGACACGCUUGUACGGGAAUUGCAUCAAUCUCGAUGUUUAUCGCAGGGCCGUUCGAUGCGUUGCGGAACAAGAUGAACAAGGGAAAAGGAAUGAUUCAUUUUUGAGGUCAAGGUUUGACGGCGGUAUGCCAGACACCGCUCAGGAGUUGCAGCCACCGAGUCGUGUGGUGGCAGACAUACCGUGCCAUGACAUUGCUUCUGCGAUAACGCUUCAUGCGCGCCUGACAAAGAAGGGCUGGGGAGCCAUGGAGAAGCCAGCGGGAAAACGAUGCAAUCGUGCCGAGUAUGACGAUGGCUUUUGGUAA